AUAAAUAACGAUAGUAUUAUGAAAAAGUCAUGUUGGUACUGCGCUAGUGUUGGGAUCGAACCUGCACCUCGUGCAUACAAAUCCAUGCAUAUAACCGCAAGGCCAUCACGACAUUUAGGCACACUAGGUAAAACAACGGUUAAUCAUCCUACAACGUAUGUCACUUGUUUAUACUCCAACAAAUAAACAAUUUUAUAAUUUCUUUUUACGGAGUUAGUACUCCAAUAUCUAAUUACAAAACAAUUGAAUAGCAUUGAAACAAUAUACAUGUAUAUUAAGCAGUUUUCAAUAUAAUGAGGUCAUCAUACACGUAAUACUCAGUGAUAGUUUAAGGAGCAUUGUGAUAACAUUGUUUUGGGGAUACUAGACCAGUCUGUGCAUCCAGCAGUCUGUGUUUUUUCAGUGGACGUGACAGACAGCAAAAAUGACGUCCGUUCUGGUAAGUGAUGAGCUUGGAACGACAACGACGCGACUAGUCUUCUAUCCCCUCCUGCUGCUGGCUACCGGCGUGUGGCUGUUCCACCGAUGGCAGAAACAGUCCCGCAUGCACAGGAUGGGGGACCUGCUCCCAGGUCCAGCCUAUCUCCCAGUCUUCGGCAAUGCUUUACUGGCGUUAAAGUUUAACAAACCUGAACAUUUCAUAAACAUCGCGUGGCAGUUUGUGGGAAAAUAUGGCUUCGUUAUCCGAGGGUGGAUCGGAUCUAAGCUGGUCAUCUUCCUCGCCAACCCUGAGGAUGUCGAAGUUAUCUUAAACAGCAAUGUCCACAUCGACAAGGCGUCAGAUUACAAAUUCUUCGAGCCUUGGCUUGGUGAAGGACUUCUUAUUAGUUCAGGAAACAAAUGGCGCUCUCACAGGAAGAUGAUCGCUCCCACAUUCCACAUCAACAUCCUAAAGUCGUUCGUCGACGUUUUCAAUGAAAACAGCAAAAGUGUGGUCGCGAAGAUGAGGUCCGAAGUCGGAAAGACCUUUGAUGUCCACGAUCAUAUGAGUGGUGUUACAGUUGAUAUCUUGUUAGAAACCGCAAUGGGAAUUACAAAGAAGACUCAAGAUAAAUCGAGUUUCGACUAUGCAGUGGCGGUCAUGAAAAUGUGCGACAUCAUUCACCAGAGGCAUUACAAAUUCUGGCUUCGUUUAGACUUCUUGUUCAAAUUACAUCCCUUAUACAAGACUCAACAGAAACUUUUGGGUAUCAUCCAUGGUCUUACUAAUAAGGUAAUCGCUUUCAAAAAGAAGGUUUACUUGGAAAACAAAGCAAAGGGCAUUAUUCCACCAUCUCUAAAGGAGUUGACUGAAGGUACUGGCACUGGAAGUGACAAUGUACUGGCAAAUAAUGCCAAAACAUUGUCAGACACUGUCUUCAAAGGAUACAAGGACGAUUUGGACUUCAACGAUGAUAAUGACGUUGGUGAGAAAAAACGUUUGGCUUUCUUGGACUUAAUGCUGGAGUCAGCUCAAAAUGGCACCCACAACAUCAGUGACCACGAGAUCAAAGAAGAGGUCGACACUAUCAUGUUCGAGGGCCAUGACACCACUGCAGCGGGGUCCAGUUUCGUAUUAUGCAUGCUUGGUCUCCACCAAGAUAUCCAAACUAGAGUAUACGAUGAAUUGUACGAGAUCUUCGGUGAUUCCGACAGACCAGCCACAUUCAAUGAUACUCUUCAAAUGAAGUACUUGGAGCGCGUUAUCCUUGAAACUCUUAGGAUGUACCCACCUGUACCCAUCAUCGCUAGGGAGCUGAAGCAUGAUGCUAAAAUUGUAACCAACAACUACGUGCUUCCGGCUGGUGCGACCGUAGUCGUGUGCCCAUACGGCGUCCAUCGCCACCCGAAGCACUAUGAAAACCCCAACAAAUUCAACCCUGAUAACUUCCUGCCAGAAAACAUGGCGAACAGGCAUUACUACAGCUACAUACCCUUCAGCGCUGGGCCCAGGAGCUGUGUUGGUCGCAAAUACGCCUUACUGAAAUUGAAAAUUCUUCUCUCGACUAUUUUGAGGAACUACAAAACCGUUUCGGAGGUACCAGAGGAAGAAUUCCAACUAACAGCUGAUAUUAUACUAAAGAGGUUAGACGGCUUCAGAUUAAAAAUCGAACCGAGAAAUCGGGUUCCAUCGACCGCUGCUUAAUCUAUUCUAUGUCUGAUAUUAGUAUUAUGUACCUAAUGUAAAUGUAAUUAAGUCGUAAAUUAAUUGUCAAUAUAUUACCAACAAGUUACAUGUAAACGAAUAAAAUUGUCUGCCGGCGGAA